GCAAGUGAAUCUAUUUGAAUUAUUAGCGUCUAUCUCCUGUAUAGCGUGGUUAGUUGAAAUAGUUAAAGGUAAAUAUUCGACACAGUGAACGGGACACGUUAGCGCAGUGACGCUGUCAUUUAUAUUAGAUUGUCACUGGCACUGCACACCAGGAGGAAUUUGAAAUAGAUUGGAGACCACGCUAAUAUACCGGAUCAAAGUUCAAACAAUAGUCAAUUAAUGUGAUACAACGUUCACCUCCACGUGAUCGGAGUUUUUAUUGAACCGCCACAGGUUUAUUUUACUCCGCGUGUAUUUCUUUAUCGGUGGUCAGGCCUAGAGAAAAGUUUGAAGUGACCAGCUAGACCUCCCACCAAUGUACUCUUGAACUCAGAUAGCGAUUUAAAAUCGGGACAUGGGGAUUUCGUGACAUCAAUGCUGAGAAGGCUGCGAGGAGCUCAUAAAGUCACUAACUUAAUGAAGAUAACAGGUUCUUCUAUUACCUCAAACUAAAGACGGAACUUAUAUUUAAACGACUGCUUCGAAGUAUUUUAUUAGCGUGUACUCACGGAUUUAAAUGAUUACAGGAUAUGUGUAAUACAAAAAAAGGACAUGAGGCCACUUUCGCAUUCCGGUUAACAACAGAAUGAAAUGAACUUCCUUCGGAGAAAAAGUUGACACGGAUUUCAACAUAAAGUUAAUGCCAGGGAUAGAAUAUGUAAAAACCAUGUGGAGGGAGUGGAUAUUUCUUGUCUUCUGUCUUCCAGUAUGCACUGCUUUAACGAUAACCAACAGGGCGGAGGAGAGAUAUGUGGAGUUACGUGAACCUUUCACCGCCUGGUGCAAUUUCACACUGGGCCCAGAUGAAGGACGUUUUUUCUUAUCCGUCGAGUGGUUUAAACAGACCAGUGCGGAAAAGCCACCUGACGUCAUAUUCAAAUACGUCCUAGGCAUGAAUUCGGAGAAUAAAACUCUAAGCGAUCUGAUUGGUCGAGAUAUUAAUUUCGUCACAAUGCCGUCACAACUGAUACCAGUGCCAAAUGACAUUAAGCUAAGAGUGGCAAUUAUGAAGUCAGAACUCAGAGAUGAAGGGAAUUAUACGUGCCAAGUGUCUGUAGACGGAAAUAAAGUAAAGAAGAGUGAAAAACUUAUGCAAGUUACCAUGACAGUCACUCCAGAGUUGCCGAUGAUCUCUAGCAGGCGGAUGUCGGACAACCGCACGUUGCUCACUUGUAUUUCCGUGGGGGGUCGACCCCCAGCAAAGCUCAGGUGGUUUGAAAACGAUCAGGAGAUGAGUAGCGUGAAAUCUGAACACAAAGAAACGUGUUCUGCUUCUAGUCAGGGCGAGGGCAUGUGCGGAGGGUAUUUCAUCACGGACACUAUAGCGGUACAGGACAAUUCGUCAGUGACAUAUGCCUGUGAAAGCCGCCAUCCUACGGGGAACUAUCGCAGUGACAGUAUUAGAGCUGACUACAUGCACGGGGGUCGCUCAGGUUCUGGCAAUCACUACGUCAUCAUCGCCAAUAACACACCAAGCCCGCCCAAACCAGGGGCCAGUCCUCUGGCGAUUGUGGUGGCUAUUUUAAUCGUGAUCUCAUUCUUCAUCGUGGUGGGAGUUAUGGUGUACACCGUCCGUAAGCGGCUAAGAAGUCGCAGCUUUAAACUCGAUAGAUGUCGCUGUAACGACAUCGAAGCUUUCGUCAACUGUAGCGCCAGGUCGAUAUCAGACAAAUCUUCCCUUACUGUCACCUAUAUCCCGGCAGAUGGCGCUCACUCUAUCACACCAGAUCAGGACCACGGCUGCGACCCAGAGCGAGAUAAUGAGAACAAUAACUCCAUAGCUUCAGCAUUAUACGACGACAGAGAGGACGAACUUCUUUGAAACACUAAAUCUACUCAGCAUUCGGAUGUAACGUCCAGCACAAUGGGUUGCGCCGCAAGCUCAACUAACGCAAUUGUGAUAUCAGCCUCGCGGAUGCGUUUAGCUCCUUUUAUUUGCCUAGCCUAGGGAAGAAGACGUAUUUUAUCGCUGUAAGACUGUUUUUUUAAUAUAAAUAAAAAUACAGUAGAUGCAAAAGUAUAAAGCAAUACAAUAUACGCUACGGAACAAGAAAAUUCAAAACGCAUCGGCUUUAAAACUGGUAUGAGCAAGGGACAUAAGAGCUUAUUAUACACAUUUGAUAUGCAUCGCAUUAAAGAAGAGGCAUAGACUGGCAGAAUAAAUGGAUGGAUGGCAAAAGUCAGUAUUGCCGCCUCAUUGCCAGCAAUAUCAAGGGAAUCGUUCUAGUAAACUUUAAAAAGGUGGUUACUCUUUGGAAAAUUGAACUGGACAGCUAGUCAGUUUUUAUUUAGUAACGUUUAUGUAAAUAUUGGGAGAACAGUCCUGACA